AAUGAACCAACCCCUGUCACUGACGGAGAAGAAUACGAAGAAGAAGAGGUUGUGGAAGACGAAGUGGAAGAAGAGGUUGUGGAGGAGGAAGAAGAAGUAGAGGAGGAAGUGGUGGAGGAGGAGGAAGAAGAGGAAGAGGUAGUCGAGGAGGAACCAGCUGCUGCCCCAGCCCCACCACCGCCUGCUGCUCAACCCAGAUCAUCUGAUGCAGAUGAUACGGAAAUCAACCCUCACGAGUGGAGCAAACCAGAUUGGACCAAAAAGCCAGUUUUGAAAGAAUCUGAGGUCGGAGAAGCAGCCAAGUCUGGAAUGAACUUGGCUGCCGAGAUUACUCAUGUCAACAAGGAGAAAGACGAAGGACGUGAUGUCAACUACGACGCGAAUCCGCUCUAUCUAAAGUCCACCGACAAGGGAAGUGAAGCCCGUGCUACGGGAGAUUUGCAAGCUCCCAUUACUAACAUUAGGGAAACCGGAGAUGACAAGUUGGCCUGGCAGAAACCAGACUGGGCCAAGAAAGGACCCAAUCUCAAGGGAACCGGAAAGGAUGCUGCGGCAGAUUUGCAAAAACCCAUUACUAACAUUGCCGAUGAAGCAGAAGGCGACGACAAACUGGCCUGGAAGAAACCAGAUUGGGCAAAAAAAGGACCAGGCUUGAAGAGCACUGGAAAGGGAGGACAGACUGAUCUACAGACUCCUAUCACCAACAUCAGUGAGGUGGCCGAAGGAGAUGACAAGCUUGCCUGGAAGAAACCAGACUGGGCCACAGGUGGCCCGAAGCUAAAGUCUACGGCGAAGGGGGAAAAACUGAAGGAAAAAGGAAACUUGGAGAGGCCCAUCACCUUCCCGAAAGGGAAGAACUAG